AGAAGCAAGACGAACAAGCGAGAAUUGUAAAGAAGAGAGAAGGAAGUAAAGAACGUUGAGGAAACACUAAACAUAAGAUAAACUGGCUCUUCAACCAUGACUGAACGAAGACCUUUCCUGAGAAUUGCAUGUGAGGAGUGGGUUCCGUGGACGAAGCUGGUGCGCGCGCAGGACGGCACCCUCAGCAUUGUGGGGCCAAUGGGGAACUUCCUGCAGGUCCUCUCUACCGUGCUGCGCUUCGACUAUGAGCUCACACAGUCCCCGGAGAAGGUGUGGGGCGGCCCAGACGAGAAUGGUGACUGGAAUGGAAUGCUGGGGAUGCUGCAGCGGGAGGAGGUUGAGUUCGCCGUGGGUCCCUUCACGGUGACGCCUCAGCGGGAGACAGUGAGUGACCUGACCUACCCUCUGUCCGGCGCCGACAAAGCAAUACUGUUGGCGCGGCCCAAGCUGGACACGGACAUGGCGGGAUUUGUCAAGGCGUUCACUUAUGAGACAUGGCUACUGACGCUAGUGUUUGCCAUCAUCACCGCCAUCGUCACUACUCUGCUGGUGCGCGCUGAGAAUGUCUUGUUUGGUAUCCCAGUGGAGGGCUUGGGGUCAAAAGUCUGCUUGUGGGUUCUGAAGGCAUUCACACAGGAGAGCUCGACGUGGUUGCCUAAGAAUGACGCUGGCCGCCUUCUGAUCACCACCUGGUUACUGGCGUCCCUGGUGUUCAUGUCCUCCUACAGCGGCAUUCUCACCGCUAUGCUUACUCUGCCCCGCGUGGUGAUUCCCAUUAACUCUAUCUACGACAUGGUGGCGCAGGCUGACAUUCCCUGGAGGCUCGAAGCGGGCUCCUCCAUGUUCCAGUACUUCAAGGAGGCAACGGACGGCGUGCGGCGCGAGGUGUUCACGGGCAGGUCAGGCACCUUCCAGGACUGCUGGGCGGCGCGGCAGGAAAUAGUUAACGGGGAGUUUGCUGCGAUAUGCGACAUUAUCACCAUGAAGAAAGCCAUGGCGUGGGACUUUAGCACCUCCGGGGACUGCCAUCUGUACAUCGCCAGGGAGAUGGUCUACUCCAGCGCCUGGGUGGCCGUCGCCUUCAAAAGAAACUCCUCUUACUUUGAGCCUGCCAAUGAUGUAAUCCGAGCUCUGCUGGAGGCUGGGCUGGUGGAUCAGUGGCUGCGUGAAGUCAUAGCUGUCACCCCGCAGUGUCUCCAGCCGCCCUCAGCUGACCGCACAGACGGCGUCUCUCCUCUCGAUCUCAAGUCCUUUGGCGGGCCUAUGCUGGUCCUGCUUGGGGGGGAAGUGAUAGCAGCCAUCGUGUUCGGAGUGGAAUUCUUGAUGAGGACCUGUUGACCACGGACGCGUAUCACUACUGCCCCUGAACACUCGCCGCCAAGACCUGUGACUCUCCCCUCGUAACACACCUCAAGCUUCUCAUCUCUCCUCACACUACCUUACUCGAGAAACACGGGCUUUUACUAGUGAUGAGGAUAAUAACGGUGACGAUGAUGAUGAUGAUGAUGGUGAUAAUGAUGAUGAUGAUAAUAGUAAUAAAAUAAUACUAAUCCGCA